AUGAAUUCUUCAGCAAAUUCAAUGAGUCUUAAGGGAAUAUUCUUUAAAUUUGUAUUUUUGCCAUUAAGUAUUUUGAUAGUAUCUUACAAUUUAGUACCACUUCUCAUAUGUCUUGUAAAGAAGUAUUUGUUUGAGAGAACAGAGAAAAGAAGAGCCAAACAAUUGUCAUCUGAGUCACCGGGGAGUCCAUGGAUUAGAUUGAGAGCACAAACAAAGACUGGCAUCAAAAGCAAUUUGCUCGACGAGUGUUCAUCUGUUCCGCAACUCUUCUCUAAAGUGAUGCAAAAGUUUAGAGACAAGCAUUGCUUUGGAUUCAGACAAGUCUUGCACGAAGAAGAGCAGAAACAGUCCGAUGGAAAAGUAUUCAAGAAAAUCGUGUUAUCUGACUAUCAAUGGCUCAGUUGUGAAGAAAUCAAUAAUAGAGUCGAAUAUAUGUCUAAAGGAUUUUUAUCGAUUGGAAUUAAACCGAAAGAUAUUGUAAUGAUAUUCGCGGACACGAGACUCGAGUGGAUGAUAUCGGCUCAGUCUCUGUUCAGAGUUGGCUCGACUGUGGCCACACUUUAUGCCACUUUAGGUGAAGAAGGAAUUAUAUACGGUAUCACCGAAUGCCAGGUCACGCAUCUUAUAACCAGUUCUGAGUUGUUAUUCAAAUUGAAAGCAGUUAUCCAUAAAUUAACACAAAUUCAAUGCAUUGUCUAUAUGAGUGGACACAAUCGACCCAAUAUUCAAGAGAUCUUCAGUGAAAGAGAGCUCAAAAGAAUUACUUUCUAUUCGAUGGACCAAAUCGAAGAACUGGGAAAAUCACACAAAGACUUGAAAGGAGUGGAGGCCACCGCACAGGACACCGCUGUUAUCAUGUAUACCUCGGGUUCAACGGGUGUUCCCAAAGGGGUGAUGGUUUCGCACCGGAAUUUGUUGACUGCAGUCAAAGCCUUCUACACGUUGGCCGAAGCGUUGGCCUCCGAUGACGUUUACUGCGCUUAUCUACCGAUGGCUCACAUCAUGGAAAUGAGUGCCCAAUUGUUCUUCAUUUCCAAUGGUUUGUCGGUUGGCUUCGCAACCAUUCAGACGCUUACAGAUAAGUCAACGGGUCUUAAGAAAGGGAUGAAAGGAGACCUGACAUUACUUAAGCCUACAAUUAUGACAGCCGUUCCCCUCAUCUUAGACCGGAUUCGAAGAGUCAUUGAAGACACAGUUAACAGGAAUUUGUUGUCAAAAAUAGUGUUUAUUUUUCUAAGAAGUCAAAAGAGCUUUUGGAGUGAUUUUGAUUUAAAUACUCCAAUCAUUAAUAUAAUAUUUUGCAGAAAAUUCAAAGCAAUUCUGGGAGGAAGAGUGAAAGUGAUAGCCUGUGGCGGAGCACCUCUUUCACCAGAAGCUCAUCAGUUUAUGCGCCACUGCUUUGAUCUAAAGGUAUUGCAAGGUUAUGGAUUGACUGAAACGUCUGCAUCGGCCACUCUCAUGGAUUUGGAUGACUCUAGUGUUGGGUUUGUGGGCCAACCCCUGGACGGCAUUCAAAUCAAACUCAUUGAUUGGGAAGAAGGCAAUUAUAAAGUGAUCGACAAACCAAACCCAAGGGGUGAGGUAGUGGUCGGCGGACUAAACGUUACGAACGGUUACUAUAAAAAUGAAGCGUUGACUCAGGAGUCAUACAAAGAAGAGAAUGGAAUCAAAUGGUUCUUCACGGGAGAUAUCGGAGAGAUAUACCCAAACGGAUCCAUCAAAAUCAUUGACCGCAAGAAGGAUAUCAUAAAGUUGUCGACUGGAGAAUACGUAUCGUUAGCUAAAUAUCAGUUGCUCUCAAUAGUGGUUAUCAAUAGGUUUAGUGAUCCGAUGGCACCCUUACCUCCGCCACCACCACCCGCACCACCGCCACCACCAGCGGGUGGACCGCCUAAGCUCGCUAAGAACGAUGCUCAGGGUAGGAAUGCCAUGUUGUCUGAGAUCAGGUCCGGCACCAGACUUAAAAAGACCGCUCAAGUGAACGACAGGAGUGCACCCAUUCUCGAUGGCAAAGCGUCUUCGUCUGGAAAUAAUGGGAGUUCUGGUCCUCAAAAGCCGAUGCAGUCAUCGAAUGGUAUGUCUGGAGGACCGAUGCAAUUGGGAGGACUGUUUGCUGGCGGUGUCCCUAAACUGAGACAAACGGGCAGUAAGUUAGUGGCCAACCAAACGGGCAGUAAGUUAGUGGCCAACGGACUGACCGUUAGUGCGAAUAAAGUGAACAAUAGUUACACGAAAACUGACGAAUCGGUGCGACCGACAAAUACAUCCAUUAAGACUAGUCUUGAAUCGAAAUUUCAAAGCAAUUCAAACAAUAACUCAUCGUUUUUGCAUCCAAUCAAUGGACUAAAUGUUAGCAAUAAUAACAAAUUCCAUACAAUGAAAGCACGAGAGAAACCCAAUUAUGUGGUGAACGACAGCAAAGGACAGGCGCCUCAAGUGCCGCCGUCCGGCCCCACGAAGACCAGUGCCCCUCUAUUGCCUAAAAAGCCGCCCACAAUCCAGAGGUCCAACUCCCAGUCCAGUAGUAGAAGCGCAUCAAAUGUGAACCGAAGGCCGGGGCCGCCAAAUAUGAAACCCCCGCCACCGCCCAAAAUGGCUAACGGUGUGAACAGUGCUAACAGUGUUUCCCAUCAAACCAUUCAAUCGAAACCAUUGAAUGUCAGUCAAAGACAGAGUUUCACAGAGAACUCGAGUGCAAAACCAGACUUUUCUGCAUUGGUGUCAAACUUCAACCAACAGUCCGUCAAACCUCCGGCACCGCCCAGGAAUGGCAACGGUAUGUCUCAAAGCCCGACAUAUCCGCCACCGCCACCACCCGUGUCGACGAUCCCGACGCGGCCUAACAAUACUGUUCAGCGGUUGCCAUCCAUGAAGGCCAGUGCGCCCACUAUUCCCAUACAGGCGCCCAAAGGGCCCGUCACCAGUCGAGCUCCGUUAGGACCUCCACCACCGCCUCCGCACAGAAGUACGUCUAAUGGCACACCUAAUAAUAACUAUCCCUCACAGCCACCGCCCCCGCCCUCGCUUACCAAAGUAGUCAACCCUAAAGUCAAUAGAAAUGACUUCUCAUCGCCCGGUCCGCCCCCUCCCAUCCGGAAUACCUCUAAGACUACUUCCAAUAACAGUAGAGAACAAUUUUCGUCGCGAUUCUCGACCUUUAAGGGAAUCUUUGAACUGCCGGCGCCAUCGACAAUGUCCGCUCAAAAUAAAGUCUACCCGAGUCAGAUCAAUAUAGUGCAGCACAAGUUGUGGGAAAUCAUUAGAGUUGCCCAACGGAUCAGUCCCCGAGUGGACGAUGUCGUCCAGUCUAUGUACCCCCCACUAGACCCACGACUACUCGAGUCGCGAUGUCUUUCACUGGUCUUAUCCGUGUCACAGCUCGCUAUUGUCAUCAGAUAUCUGUGUCAUGUUAAGAGCCAUUGGAUUCAAGAGGCUCUUCAAGAAUUGGACGUCCAGUUGAAGAUUCUGCGUGACGCCGGACAAACACUUUUGGACACAUCCCUCACCCCAUCCAAUGUGAACUCAGAUGAAGAAAAAGAUAUCGAAAAUGCUAAUAGAGUUGAUAUAAACCGAUAA